AUGAACGAGAUUUUACUCAAUUCUUAAUCAUCCAAUUUUUUGAGUGAAGAGAUAAUCAAUAAAGCUACAAAAGAUCCUGAAACAAGAAACAAUAUCAUUAAAUUUGAAUAGUAAUUUCAAUUUGUUAAAAAUUAGUAAAUUGUUAUCGGUGUAUGCUCAUAAAUUUUCAAUCAUUCUAUUACCAAAAACCGAAUAAAUUUUAGGUAAAAUGUAAAAUAAUAAAAUAGAAUGGCAUGGAAUGAUUAGCAUAUCAUAUGGACUAUAUGCAAAAGGAAAAUUUAAAUUUGUAUUAACUUUCCCUAAAACCUUUCCAGAAUCUAUUCCUAAAAUAAGAUUUCUAAAUCCAUUAUUUCAUCCUUUAAUUGAUGAAUACAAUAAUGUAGAUGUUGACACUCUUAUUCCAAAAUGGAAAUAUGGACAAGAUUGUAUGGUAUAUAAUUUAUUAAACAAACUUUAUGAAAUGUUUAUUGAUAUAAGUUAUUAUGAUUGUGUCACAUCUUUUAACCCUCGAGCUGCUUAAUUAUUUUCAAAUGAUAUAAACUCAUAUGCUGAAGAAGUCAAUAAAUAAAUUGCCUAAUCUGAAUAAUAGCUUUAUGAUAACAAAAAUGAUUUCGUACUUAAAGUAUAUUAUUAUAUAAUUUUAUAGUUAAAAGAACCAACCUAUAACACAUAAACAAUUCUCUAAAAAUUAUAAGAUAUCAACUCUUCGAAAAAUUUAACAUUUGAAUAAAAGAAAAAGGAUCUAUUAAGUUAUAUACUCUAGUAAAGUAAGGAAAAUUAAAUUAUAGAAUGA